UCCCUGUAUAAAAGGGAGAGAUCAGUUGUUCAACCAUCGUGGAGUCAGAGUGUGGAGUGAGGAGAAGAUGUUGCAGGCAUCUCUACGACGAGCGAGGAGCUUGAAUUCGUGGACGUUGGGGAGAUAUGAGGUGGCGAAAUUUGGGUUUUCGACCGCUGCUGACGCGUCUCCUACUCCUGGAAACUCCCCGCCCAAGGUGAGCAAUCUGAUUGGAGGGAAAUUUGUGGAGUCUCAAUCUGAUCUUCUGAUUGAUGUAAUCAAUCCAGCAACACAACAGGUUGUUUCUCGAGUUCCUUUGACAACUAAGGAAGAAUUUACCGCUGCAGUGGGUGCAGCAAAACAUGCCUUUCCAUCAUGGAGAAACACACCCGUUACUACACGUCAGCGUAUUAUGCUGAAGCUACAGGAACUCAUUCGCAGGGACAUAGACAAACUUGCCUUGAACAUAACUACUGAACAAGGGAAGACACUUCGCGAUGCACAUGGUGAUGUUUUCCGUGGAUUAGAGGUGGUGGAACAUGCUUGUGGUAUGGGAAGCCUGCAGAUGGGAGAAUUUGUUUCCAAUGUGUCACAUGGGAUAGAUACAUACAGCAUCAGAGAGCCUCUUGGUGUUUGUGCAGGGAUCUGUCCAUUCAAUUUUCCUGCCAUGAUUCCUCUUUGGAUGUUUCCAGUGGCUGUGACUUGUGGCAACACAUAUGUUUUGAAGCCAUCAGAGAAAGAUCCAGGAGCUGCAAUGAUGCUUGCUGAGUUGGCAAUGGAGGCUGGUCUACCAGACGGCGUCUUGAAUAUCGUCCAUGGGACAACUGAUGUGGUUAACAAUAUAUGUGAUGAUGAAGACAUUAAAGCUGUCUCAUUUGUUGGCUCAAAUACAGCUGGCAUGCACAUUUAUUCGAGGGCAACUGCUAAAGGAAAACGUGUUCAGUCAAAUAUGGGAGCAAAAAAUCAUGCAAUUAUCAUGCCUGAUGCAAGCAAGGAUGCUACCUUGAAUUCUCUAGUAGCCGCAGGUUUUGGUGCUGCUGGACAACGGUGCAUGGCACUAAGCACGGCUGUCUUUGUUGGAGACUCAAAACUGUGGGAGGAAGGGUUAGUGGAACGUGCAAUACAACUAAAAGUCAGUGCAGGAACUGAGCCUGAAGUUGAUCUAGGUCCAGUGAUCAGCAAACAGGCAAAGGAUCGCAUCUGCAGAUUGAUCCAAAGUGGCAUCGACAGUGGUGCUAGGAUUUUGCUUGAUGGGCGAAGUAUCAAGGUCCUGGGCUACGAGGAAGGGAACUUUGUUGGCCCCACUUUGCUCGCUGAUGUCAAAGAUGACAUGGAAUGCUAUAAGGAAGAAAUUUUUGGUCCAGUCCUCCUUUGCAUGCAAGCCGACUCACUUGAUGAGGCUAUCCAACUUGUGAACAACAAUAGAUAUGGCAAUGGUGCAUCAAUAUUUACCACGUCAGGUGCAGCAGCAAGGAAAUUUCAGAAUGAAAUUGAAGCAGGGCAGGUUGGAAUCAAUGUUCCAAUUCCAGUACCGUUGCCCUUCUUCUCCUUCACUGGCUCGAAGGCAUCUUUUGCCGGUGAUCUCAAUUUCUAUGGCAAAGCUGGAGUACAGUUCUACACCCAAAUCAAAACUGUGACAACCCAAUGGAAAGAUGUACCAGGCCAAGGUGUAUCAUUGGCAAUGCCCACAUCCCAGAAGAUAUGAUCAACAUGACAACCCUCCUUCUUGCAUGUCUGUGGCAACGUCCCAGAAGUUCUGAACGACAUGGCAGUUCUCCUUGCAUGUCUGUGUAUCCAUUGAGCUGAUGCUCUCCUGCUUCUAUGUAAUCUUCCCGGUGUCAUCUCAUUUUCUGUCUUUCUUUCUUCCUGCAUAAAGAAACUGGAAACACCACUAUGGGCCAUGUCGUUUGAUGGGUUUUCGUUUUUAAUAUCUUAUCAAGCCCUAAUCUGAUUGGUGAGGUUAGGAAGUAAGCUAUUCAAGAUCUGUUGCUAUUC